GUAGCCUAACCUUCGAUUGGCACCGCAAACAGACACGUGUGGAGCCGGCGAGUUCGUCCCCCCAGUGCCACGUGAGCAUCAAGAAUGGCGCUCAGUCUUGCCACGUGUCCUGCUUGUGGCCAAGGCAAGGAUGCGCUAAAUGUUGUCCUGAGGCGCAGCUCGCGCGCGCACCAACGACCCCGGGCCGAGCUCGCGCAACUAUGGCCAAGAGACUCGACGGUCGGUUAUUCCGUCACUACCCGUAGUGGUGAUUUGGCGCCAUUUCCUGGCGGCUCGGGAAAAAGCGCGGGAAAGGUGGGGACUGUCUCGCGAAGUGCCGGCAAUUUGCCUGUCACUUGGCAUCGGCUGAGCUCCCGGAUGUCCGCGGCGGCGGACUCGAGCGCCGGCCAGUCCGCCGACAGGGCGGCGCGCAGCAGCAGGGAAUGGCCCCUACCUCGAACAUCCCAGGAGAGCGUUGAUCAGGCCAUCGGUGCCUGCAAGGCCGCCAUAGCCGACGGAUUGACACGGUUGCAAGUCGAGAUCCUUCUACCGUUGAUCGGGCCCACCGAUCUGGACGAUUGGCCUGGGGGGAUUCAACAGCAGUUUCGCGCGGCAGAGCCCAUAGUCGAGUCCCUGCUGCAGGGUCUGACAAGCGGCAGCGGUAGGAAGGAGGAAAGAGGAGAAAGGGGGGGGGGAGGAGGAGGAGGAGGUGGUGGUAUUGGUUAUGGCCCAUUGAUGCUGGACGAAGGUGAUGCGGUCGGACUUUGGGAGAGAGAGGAGGUAGCUGCUGUGGUGUUCCCUACAGCAGAAACGCUGCCGGAAGUGCAGCAAGUAGCCAGCAGAGGAGGGGACCACAAGCCCUUGGUUCUCGUCAAUGCGCAGUGGCAGGGCGGGCAAGUGGUGUCCGACUUCGGUUUUGGCGCCAAGAAAAGGGCGGCGGAAGCGUUCGUGGGGAGUUUCACACCUACCUAUUUUCUCAAGCAGCUGCGGAUUCUAGGGGAGGAAGUCCGUAUCUUGAGGAGGUAUCCCGAUGGCUGGCAGGUGUUCGUAGUAACGGGACCAGAAGAGGUCGAUUGUGUGGCAGUGUUGAGCGACCGGCCAGAGUAUCGCAAGGUUGAGGAAAUCCUUAAGGGUCGAAAGGGGUCAAAAGCUGGACAGGGUUGGUUUGACCGACUCAUGAGCGAACUCAAGUUCAACCAAGAUUCGCUUAAGAAAUAACAUCCUCCUCCUCCUCCUUAACCUCCUGCUCUCCCUCCUCUUCCUCUUCCGCUUCCUCUUCUUCUUCGACCUCCUCCUCCUCCCUCUCCUCUUUUCUUCCUCCUCUUUCGUCCUCUCCUCCAUUCUGUGCAUCUCCCACUCCUCUUUUCUUCCUCUUCUUUCUUCCUCUCCUUCUUUCCCUGCAUCAUUCUCUUCCUUCUCCCCCUCUUCGUCUCCUCUUCCUCCUCCCCCUCUUCCUCUCCUCUUCCUGUUCCCCUCUUCGUCUCCUCUUCCUCCUCCUCUCCUUUCUCCGGUUCUACCUCUUCUGUCUCCUCGUUGACAUCCUAUUCAUCUUCGCAUUCCUCCACUAUCUUUUUCAAACCUUCCCCUUGUUCUUCCUCCUCCUCCCGCUCCUCCUCCUCGAGCUCCUUUCUAGUAGUCCUCUUCGUCCCCUUACGUGUUUGCCGCCUCUGCAUUCCUCCUGCUCUCUGUUCUUUUCUCUCCUCCUCAUCCUCUCCUCCGCCUUCGCACUUCUCUUUUAUUUUCUCCACUCCACACUCCUUUUCUUCUUCCUUCUCCUCUUACCUGAUCGGAACCUCUGCUUAUCUCUCUUCGUCCUAUUCUUCUUCUCUUUUCUAUUUCACUCUUCUGUUUUUUUUUUGAACUCUUCUUCUUUUCCUCGUUAUCCUGUGCCUCGACCAUCUCCUUGGCUUCCGGUUUGUCUUCGCCUUCCUUGCCCUGCUUCUUACUCCCAUUUUACUUACUGCCCCGCCCGUCCCCCCCCCCCCCCCCCCCCCCCCCCCCCCCCCCCCCCUUCCUCUCCCUGCCUCUCUCUUCGUCAUCCUCCUCGUCGCACCACUGUGGAAUACGCGUCCUCCAUUACAAAUAGAACGUAUGCAUUUUUUUUGAGGGAAGUGCAGGUUCAAGCUUGCCUCUAGGAUCCAGCGGCGUAGCUCAGUUGGUAAGGCACGCAAGUGGCAUUCAGGAGAUCUUGGGUUCAAUCCCCACUGGCCUCAUGUGCCUUCCUGGGCAUGCUUGCCCCCCAUCACCUAGAGAUAGCCCGUUGGUCCCCCCAAUGGGCAUUAAAAAGCAGUCUCUGCUGAUGUUCAUAGGGGGAGGGGUAAUCAGGGAGGGAGGCACGGCGACUGGCCACUCAGAUGUCAGAUGCUCGGUCCCUCGGCUACCGGAUGUCCCCUGGCCGGCGUCCCCCACUGGGGGUUCCAGGAAGGCAAUAAAUAAAGGCCACCCGGUGUC